GCCUCCGGAGAUCGACCGGGUCCCCCAAGCGGCGCUGGCAGACGUAGAGCGCCCUGUGGGGCGUAGCGGAGUUACGGUUGCUUUUUGUCAGUGAGAUGGCGUGAACUCGGCACCCCGGAACGAUCCGGAUCUGUGUGCCUCUCCAGCGGCGUUGGGGGGUGGGGCAUACUCCUCUGCCGGGCUGCAGUCUCCGCCCUCCCGAUCCUUCGAGGCGCCUGCCUCUCAAUUGUGCCCGGUGUUUCGAACCCUUACACUUUGCCCUCGAGGCCCCCCUCAAACGUGACCGGCCGCGCCGGUCUGUGUCCGCAGACCCUCGGGCGGUGUCCAUCCCUGGGCCCAGCGGGUGGACCAGGCUCGGCCAGGCAGCUGCCCUGGGUUCUUCCUGGGCUCCGACACUCUGGCUGCACCCGGAACCCAGGCUCGCGGUCCCGAUUUCUGGCCGGAAGCGCUCAGCUGCCCAACCUCACGGAAGCGCGCUCUCCGGCAGUGCACGACCGCACCGGACCGUAGAUGGCGCCGCCGGCAGGCGGUGCAGCGGCGGCUGCGGACUCGAGCUCGGCCGCGGUGCUCCUGGCUGUGCACGCCGCGGUGAGGCCGCUGGGCGCAGGGCCGGAAGCCGAGGCGCAGCUGCGGAGGCUGCAGCUGAGCACCGACCCUGAGCGGCCCGGGCGCUUCCGGCUGGAGCUGCUGGGCUCCGGGCCCGGGGCGGUCAGUUUGGAGUGGCCCUUGGAAUCGGUUUCCUACACCAUUCGCGGCCCCAGCCAGCAUGAGCUACAGCCUCCACCAGGCGGGCCCGGAACCCUCAGCCUGCACUUCCUCAACUCUCAGGAAGCUCAGCGGUGGGCAGCCCUGUUGCGAGAUGCCACCGCGGAAGGACAGAAUGGCAGUGACAGCCCAGCCCAAGCCUUGGGCACAGAAACAUGCCCUGUGUCCCUGCCCAGUCCCCCUGUGGCCCCAAUACCCAAAGUACCCCAACCUGAAGUGGAUCUUCCCCAGAGCCCUGGAGACAUGAUGGAGAAAGAAGAGCUGGCUCGGCACCUGGCCCAGGCAAUUGCAGGUGGGGAUGAGGAAGGAGCAGCUCAAGUGGCAGCAGUCCUGGCCCAGCAUCAUGUAGCUCUCAGUGUCCAGCUCCUGGAGGCCUGCUUCCCACCUGGUCCCAUCAGGCUGCAGGUCACAGUUGAAGAUGCCACUUCUGCUGUGUCCUCUGCAUCCUCCGCCCACAUCUCACUCCAGAUCCACCCCCACUGCACCAUCGCAGCCCUCCAGGAGCAGGUGUUUGCGGAGUUUGGUUUCCCACCAGCUGUGCAGCGCUGGGUCAUCGGGAGAUGCCUGUGUGUGCCUGAACGAAGCCUUGCUUCCUAUGGGGUCCGGCAGAGUGGUGACCCUGCUUUUCUCUACCUGCUGUCAGCCCCCCGUGAAAUCCCAGGACACAGCCCUCAACACCCCCAGAAGAUGGAUGGGCAACUAGGACGCUUGUUUCCCCUGCCAUUGGGACUGCCCCAUGCCCCCAAGCCAGUGAAUUCCAGCCUCCCCAGUCCUCUUCAGCCUGGCUGGCCCUGUCCUUCUUGUACCUUCAUCAAUGCCCUAAGCCGUCCUGGCUGUGAGAUGUGUAGCACCCAGAGGCCUUGCGCUUGGGACCCUCUUCCUACAGUCUCCACCUAGCAACCACCAAAGGUUACAGAGAGUGCAGCUCCUCCCUCAUAUACCAAAGUCCCUGGACCACCUCCUGCACUUGUCAGACUCUGCUAGCUGCUGAGGAUAGAGCCACCAGGGUUAGGGGUAAGGGCUAUAAGCCAAUCAUUAAAGAUACUUAAGAACCAGCCCAGUGUCCCCUUCACUGUGUCUUGGUGUGGAGCUGCCCCAACCCAGCUACCAGGUCUGCUUGGACUGAGGAGGCAGGGCAAGGUCUGGUCCUCCUCAACAAGUGGGGCUCCCCUAGCCAGACUCAGGUGACUACUAAAGAGUGGACUUGAACUCCAAGUGGUCAUAGGAACAUGGUACCGGGACCUUUUCCUAGACUGCACAUCUAUAGGGACUCUCCAAGCUGCUGACCACUGGGCUGCAGCUGCUGGGUGCUCUACACAGCCCAGCUUUGUGAACCUUCUGCUGAUCCUCUCCCAGACUUUGGCCACCACUCCUCCCCACUGUUCCAGCCAGAGUAACACUAACUGUAGGAAUGGUUGUUUUCCUUCCCCUUUGGGACAACAGAAAGCUCAGGAAUUAGGAGCCCUGAGCCAAAUGUCCUACUGCUGAGAUUAUGCCUCCAUGACCCUCUUGUCACACCACACACAGCUGUCCUCGGGCACCAUGUUGCUUUUCAAUCUAGUCAAUUCCAGUUGUCUGGCCUGGACCCAUUACCCAGUUGCCCUGUGGACUGCUAGGUGUCAUUCCAUGGCAAAUUUUCUGAACACCUCUAUACAUGUGUCCAGCCAAGACCAGAGAGACAUUCCAGGUGCCCAGCCACUCAAAGACCAUCCCCUUGGUGAGGUGCAGCCAAGGGCUCCCUGGUGCCCUCAGGUUGAGGCAGAGUAGUUCAACACCCUGACUCUUGCUUCAUUCCAACAGUCCUUGGGCCUUUGGACCAUGGCCAACUUGGCCAAGCCCUUUUCACCUUGUGCCAGGACACACCCACCCUGCUGAGUGCUGCUGCCUCUAAGAGCCAGUUUUCUCCUUUCUUUCCCACACCCAGGACUGUCUGGAC